UAUAAAAUAAAGUUAAUCAUUUCUUCGUGUCUCUUUUAUGCCGCCGGAUUUUUUACUCUUCACUCGUCUCCCUCUUCUCUGCUUCCGCGGCGGCAUUGGAACCCCUCUUCAUGCAAUCGUCUGCGGCCUCUUCUCUGCCGCCGGGUUUUUUACCCUCUUCACUUGUCUCCCUCUUCUCUGCUUCUGCGGCGGCAUCGGCAUGAGAAUUCCAUUGGCGGGAAUGAUGGGCGUCGUCUCAUACUUAUCGCAUGAGUUCCUCAAUCUUCCUCAAUCUUCCUGGCUUGGCCAAGCCCUCCAACUCUUCGUUCAAGCGGAGAUUGAGAAGAGAAUUCGUGGACGGGCUCACAUCCUUGCGUUGAAAGAGCGAUCAUGCAAUGAAUUUUGGUUGGAAGGUGCAUCGAACAACAUUUUGGUUAAAUGCCUGACCUUAUUUUGGCCUUUUUUUAACAAAUUUCUGCUAACCCAACAGUUCAACGAUGGAAAAUUUGCAGUAUUCGUCAAGUUACUAAAUCUAUGGUUAAGAAGAGCGGUUGAUCAUGGACCUACAGAGCCGUUGGGGUAACAGGUGAUCAAAGAAAGUUCUAGGACCAUUUGAGGCUUGAAAAUAUUCAGAGAAUUGCUAAAGAUAGAGAGGAAUCACUGUAUCAAGAUCAUUGGUUAUCGUUGAAAGCUACUAAGUGUUUAAAGCCGCUUAUUAGAAGAAAACUGAUAGUGUUGGGUCACUAUUAAUGAGUGAAAAUAAAGGAUUGGGAGAGUUGAAGACUGUAGAAGAUGUCGAUUAAACUUGAGGGUGAAGUCGUUGGUUGAAGAUCAGAAGCCGCUUAAGGAAUCUUCCUAAUUGCCAAAGUCAAGGUCAUAGGUUUUUUGGAAAGAGAAAACACAGAAGUUUUCUGAGUUAAAAGAUUCAGUGAGAACAGAAGAUGGAAGCCCAUGAUAUAAAAUGUUUGCCAGCAACUGCCUGAAGUUAUUUUAGCAAUGAGUUAAAAUUUUAUUUAAGGGAGGAGAUUAGAGAGAAUUUCCAAUUGAAAAACAAAUAUUUGUCAUUGCAACAAAGACAAAUCAUAACGAGGAUAGUCACAGAGGAGGACAUAAAGAAAAUAAUUGUUGUAAUCUUCACCCUCGUUCAAUUUGUGGAUUGAAAAAAUCAUUUUGAAAAGUCAUGUUCGAACAAAGAAGAAUGAACGAUCUAACAACUGUUGUAUGUAGAUUGAUUAUGGAUGGAUAGAUGGAUCUAAUUGGAAAAAAGUAACAAACAUGUUCAAAAGGUUGUAUAAGUCUAAGUGUUCACAUGUGAACAAAAGAGACGAUAAAUUGAAGUUUGAAUGUUCUGGUCAAGUAGUUGAUGAGGACUUGUUGUGAUUGACGCAUUGAAGUGUCAUUGGUCUUCUUUAGAGAAAGGAAGGGAAUACUUUGUGAUCUCUUAUGAAUGAGAGU